GUUGGCUUACUCAUCUAUUCCUGUUCUUUCUGGAAGGUUCUAAUAGAAGACUGUAUUCCGGUACUGAAGAGGUAUGCCAAAGAAGGGAGAGAAUUUGAUUAUGUGAUUAAUGAUUUGACCGCUGUUCCAAUCUCCACGUCUCCAGAAGAAGAUUCCACAUGGGAGUUUCUCAGACUGAUUCUUGACCUCUCAAUGAAAGUGUUGAAACAGGAUGGGAAAUAUUUUACACAGGGGAACUGUGUCAAUCUGACAGAAGCGCUGUCGCUCUAUGAAGAACAGCUGGGGCACCUGUAUUGUCCUGUGGAAUUUUCAAAGGAGAUCGUCUGUGUCCCUUCAUAUUUGGAAUUGUGGGUAUUUUACACUGUUUGGAAGAAAGCUAAACCUUGAAGAUCAAUAGCCCCUAAUCACAUGUGCUGCAAAUAGCCUUCCUGACCUCCAUAUGCUGUACAUGACAUCGAAAUUAGUCAGGCAAUUGAUUGUGAAUUCCUUAAAGUUUUCCUUUGUUUUAAUAAUUAUUUUUAAUUUAAACAAGCAAAUGGCAAAUGUAUAUUUUGAUGAGCUUAGGGUGUUAUUUUUUUUUGAAAGUCAGCUGAAGGAUGGUUAGACAGCACAGCGAAGACUGCUAAAUGCACUGACCUCCCCUCCCCCCGCCAUUAGAAUGUGAUUUUUGUUCCUUUUUAUUUCUCUGUGGGCUUUUGUUUUUGUUUUUGUUUUCGUAGAUCUUCAAUUUGGAUAUUUGGAGGAGUGAACAUCGUUGUUUCGCUGGAGGGAUGAUCUUGAUGGUGUUUCUUUCCCCAAAAAUUGACUUAGAUAUUAAAAUUUGGUGCUUAUAAGAGCGAGUUAAAAAAAAUAAAUAGGAUUGCUUCAAUUAAAAUUACAAAAGAGACA